GACAGGCGCGCACGCCUGACCCGUGCGCCCAGAGCUUGCCUGUGCGCCCCAGCCCGCGUCCGGCCCUCGAGGGGCAGCGCCGACCAGGAUGGCCCCCAGCUGGGCGGUGGCCGCGCUUCUGCUGCUGGCGGCCGCCGGCCACGGAGAGGCGGCGGCGGGUCCCGUGCUCGCCUUCGGGGAGGAUGUGCUGAGCCUGUUCGGCACGAAUCGGAGCCUGUCGGCGGCGCAGCUCGGGCGUCUGCUGGAGCGGCUGGGAGCCGCCCCCGUGGAGGGCGCCCCGGAGCCCGGGCAGUUACACUUCAACCAGUGUUUAUCUGCUGAAGAGAUCUUUUCCCUUCAUGGCUUUUCAAAUGCUACCCAGAUAACCAGCUCAAACUUCUCUGUCAUCUGUCCAGCAGUCUUACAGCAACUGAACUUUCACCCCUGUGAUGAUCGGCCCAAACACAAAACAAAACCAAGUCUUUCAGAAGUUUGGGGAUAUGGAUUCCUGUCAGUGACAAUUAUUAAUCUGGCAUCUCUCCUUGGACUCAUUUUGACUCCAUUGAUAAAGAAAUCUUACUUCCCUAAGAUUUUGACCUAUUUUGUAGGGCUGGCUAUUGGGACUCUAUUUUCAAAUGCAAUUUUCCAACUUAUUCCAGAGGCAUUUGGAUUCAAUCCCAAAAUUGACAACUAUGUUGAGAAAGCAGUUGCUGUGUUUGGUGGAUUUUACGUACUUUUCUUUUUUGAAAGAGUACUUAAGAUGUUAUUAAAGACGUAUGGCCAGAAUGAUCACACCCACUUUGCAAAUGAUGACUUUGGUCCUCCUCAGCAAAAAACUCAUCAACCUAAAACUUUACCUGCAAUCAAUGGUGUGACAUGCUAUGCAAAUCCAGCUGUUACAGAGCCUAAUGGACAUAUCCACUUUGAUAAUGUCAGUGUGGUGUCUCUACAGGAUGGAAAAAAGGAGCCGAGUUCAUGUACCUGUUUGAAGGGGCCCAAACUGGCAGAAAUAGGAACAAUUGCCUGGAUGAUAACCCUCAGUGAUGCCCUCCACAAUUUCAUCGAUGGCCUGGCAAUCGGGGCCUCCUGCACCUUGUCUCUUCUUCAGGGACUCAGCACUUCCAUAGCCAUCCUGUGUGAGGAGUUUCCUCAUGAGUUGGGGGACUUUGUGAUCCUCCUCAAUGCCGGAAUGAGCACUCGACAAGCCCUGUUGUUCAAUUUCCUCUCUGCGUGUUCCUGUUAUGUCGGGAUGGCUUUUGGCAUUUUGGUGGGCAACAAUUUUGCUCCAAAUAUUAUAUUUGCCCUUGCUGGAGGCAUGUUUCUCUAUAUUUCUCUGGCAGAUAUGUUUCCAGAGAUGAACGAUAUGCUGAGAGAGAAGGUAACUGGAAGAAAAACCGAUUUCACCUUCUUCAUGAUUCAGAAUGCUGGAAUGUUAACGGGAUUCACAGCCAUUCUGCUCAUUACUUUGUAUGCAGGAGAAAUUGAAUUGGAAUAAUAGGAAAUGAAAGGUGGCGUUGCUAAUGAAGGCAAGCGAAUAAAAACAUCUCCAAAGGGAUUUUUAAGUUGAUCCUGUUUAGUGGAAAGAUAAUUUUUUUUUUGAACUGUAGGUCAAGAAAACUGAUUAUUGGUUUCAGAUCUGUGGAAUAAGCCAUUGUUUGUUGUUUAAAAUGCUUCAAAAGUUUUUCAAUUCCAGUCUGAAAAGCCUGGUAUAUGAGAUCUUUGGUAAAUACCCACUCUUCCAUGUUUCAUGCAUACUAGAAAAUCACUGCAAAGAAAGAAAUGUUUAUUCUAUAAUCAUGUGGACACCAAGACCCAGAAAAGAAUACAGGCUAGGUUAUAUAAGCCUUUAAAACGCUAUGGUAGGUUCAAAAGGCCAAGUGGUCUCACACUGGUUUUCUUUCAAUUAAUUUGUACUCUUGCUUUCACGAGCAAGUACAUCAAAAUGUAUUUUGUAUUUCUAUACCAGAGAAAUGGAAUCAAAACAUAUAUAACACAGAUAUAAAUGAUUCCAAGGCCUUAAUGAACCCAGGAAAGAAAGACUGCUCACAGCUUUUGUUCUGUUUUGUAUUUGUUAGGGACUUGUACGAUUGUUUUGAAAACCAGCCUAAGAUAAUAUGAAUGAUUUAUGAGGUCAGUAAAUGUUUGUUAGCCCCACUAAGCUCAUACUUUGACUGAUACUUUAUCUCUAAGUAUAAACUCUGCCAGAUUCCAUAAAAAGCCAGGAUUGCUUCUGUAAAAUGACUUCUGUUGUGGUUGUACCAGGACAAAUGGCUGAAGAGUAUGUAAAGCUGACAACUCAGUUUCAUGAUACAAUGCAUUUGCUCCGUGAAGGCAAAGAAUGUGUUGGUUUGUAGAAAGCAGUUGAAUGUAAUGUUAAGCAAUUAUCUUUUAAAGAUGGACAGAGUUAUUUAGGAGGGGAUAUUUUAAAUAAAUGCCAAAUAAUAGCUGGACUGCUGUCGGUCAAGGACUGAUGAACUAGAAAGCAUAGAUUCCUUAUGGGUGAUUGAGAGUCAUUCAGGAAAGACCUCUUUUGUGUUCGGUCUGCAUUUUCCCUAUAUGGCUUUCCUUGGAAGAAAAAUUCUGCACACUGUGGUUAUUUUUCUACCUUUCAUAAAAGAUAGAAUCUGUUUUCUCAUUUAGCAGAUAUAGAAAGUUGUCUAUAAUUGAACAUCCUGACCCCAAUUCACACUCCCAAGUCACUUAAGGAAAGAUGAUGGGACAGUGAGGAAAAUGAUUGAUAAAAGCCAAUAAUGAUCUCAGGAAUUGUAUUUUCCCAUGGACCAUAAAGUGGUGUCACAUAGCAAUAAUGCAGAUUUUAUGAAUAUUUAACAUUUUAUGUACAUUUCACUUUAUGACUGACAACUUAAAAAUUAUUGUUUGACCUACUAGUAAAAACCUUUGAAACCAUG